AUGACGCUAACCCCGAUGGAGGACAAAGGCAUCAUUCCCAAUUUUAAUGAUUUCAAGAGGCAAUUAGCGGAGCUGCUGCAGUCGCGCAGCACUGUAGAAGAUAUCACGUUGCUACAAGGCUUUUUGCAGCUGGUACAUUCGAAGACGCAGCAGUGGCGAGGGGCGGAAGGGCUGCCAGCGACUCCGGACCUGCUGGACGCAGUGUGGAAGGAGAUACACUACCCGAUAUUUAAGUGGUUUCAACAAUGGCGCGCGCAUCUUCUGGAGGCGGCGGAGGGGGGACCUCAGGAGCGGACUUACAUCAGCUUCCGGCGCAUGAAUGGCAAGCUGAACAAGAUUUUUAAGAUAAUCCGCCAGUUCUAUAAUGGGCUGGUGCAGCAGUUAUUUGACCGCUACGACUUUGGGAAACUGCUUCCUGCGGGCGUAAUCCGCGAGCUGAAUGUGCAGUCCGGCGGUGAGCUGCAGACCCUUGACGAUUCGUCCUACUUCACAAUUCUGUGCGUGAUGUCGCUGCAGCGGUGCCUAUUGUACCUUGGUUGCUGCCAUCGCUACAAGUGCUGCUGCAGCAAACUCUCGAAGCGGUUCCAUAUUUCUGAUUUUGACGAUUCGAUGAGGUAUUUUAUGCUCGCGAAGCAAAUUGUACCCUCUGUCGGCGAGACGUACCUGCAGGAGGGCCUUGUGUACGUACAGACAGGAAACUAUGGGCACGCUGCCUAUGCUUUCAUGAGGGGGUCUUUGUCGCGGAUGCCCACGGAUGCCGGUAUACCAAACCUUGAGAGUAUCGUUGCGGACGCCUCCAGUGGGUUGUUUGCGAAGCACCAGGGUAUCUUGAAACGCCUGCGCAGUAAGGAGUCGGACUCUAAUAAGCUCAUUAAUCGAGAAGUACUGGAAUUCUACUUUCUAGCAUUGUUCAGCUCUGUGUAUGCGCCUGAAAGCUGGAGCAAGCAGGGCAGCGAUAUCCGCCAUUGCACAGAAAUUCUUUUUGAGAAGGUCAGGAGUCGCUAUGCGAGAAAUGUUCGCCUAAUUUUGCAAGAUGUCUUGUUAUUCAUUGGCGGCUUUGACUUAGUGAUAAAAAAGGCGAAGGCGAUGGGGCUCAAUCGGUCCGAUACCCUUCCAUCAAACUGCACCGCAUUUUUGGAGACGGCAUUCGAUUUCUUCAGUCAUGUCAUUGACUCUGUAGUACUGAAGGAGUGGCAGAGCUUCGACACUUGGGAGUACCUGGCGCUAGUUCGGGUAAUAUGUGUCUGGAUUAAGAGCCACUCAAUUGUGACGCAGUUUGCACACAGGCAUACUCAGUUCUGCCAAUCCGUUGCGCAUUUACUGAAUAAUAUUUUGGCGCAUACAGAGUAUCAGCAACUGAUGGAUGUUGAACAUAGGCCGAAGAGAGACUACUUUUUCCAGGAAGACAUCAUGUUAAAAGACUUUUCUGCAAUAGGACACACUCUCAGCGACUUCAAUGAUGUGGAUCUUUUCCAGAUGGAGAAUCUUCCUGACAGAUUGGCGGGACUUGUUGAUGAUAAGCUUACCGCCAAGGAAGAAGGGCUACUAAAACUACAUGCGAUUGUGUUCAUCGGGAAGAAAUUCCUCGCAAAUAACGAUGUUAAUAUUGUAUGGUGCGAUGAAUCAAAGCGCUUCAACUCCCUUAAACCUGAUGUGCCCUUGAGGACAUGUUCACCGCCAAAGGCGAAAACUCCACCACCUUCGACAUCCGACUAUACACCUGCGGGCGCCAAACAAACGAAGAAGUCCAAACCAAAACGCAACAGCAGGAGAGUCCAGUCUUUGAGUAGCCUGGAGGCAAAAUUGAUGGAAAGGAAGGGCUUAAGGCAGUCUGUUGCCGAAGGCAGGGUAUACAGUGGAUGUUCUGUCCCUGCUGCUCCAAUGUCGUUUGAUGUUGCUCCUUCUGCACAUCUCUACCAAGAUAGGGCAGCUGGUACCAGCGCUACGCAAGAGGCCGCAACUUAUUACAACCAAGGGUACAACGGGCCUAUGCAAUUGGGUUCUACAGAAAUCCUGAAUUCUAGAUCUCCCUCGGGCAAUAAUCGUAUUGCCUUCCAUCCAUCCCAUCAGGCUUAUAUGCAAAUGAUACAAACUCCUCAGCCACAGGCAUGGCCAACAGCAUAUGGACACAAUGCAUACUAUUCGCAGCCCACGCAACAUCCUUAUCCGAUGUCAUCGCAGCUUGCGCAAUUCCAGAAUGGACCAAUACCAUUUGUUGCAGGACCCUAUGCAAUGUACAUGCCCCCGCCAGGGCCAGGUAUGGUAGUAUUGAACAAUGGGCACCCAAUGAUUCCAAAUGAAUCUCCGCCUCAGCAACACUAUCCAUAA